AUGGAGGCCCCUCAUCCGACGGCUGGAUGGGAAAGGGUGGGUGAGCGGUUCUACCGCAAGACCCAGCUCUACACGGCUGUCUUUGACAAGGAUCUGGACUUGGACAACUACAUUGUUGCUGGGGCCCCGUACGGCGGUGCCAUAGCAAUAUACCGAGAUGAGAGCAAAUUACAAACGCUGCGGGCCGCCAAGUCCUCGAAGCCCAGCAUCGACAUCUAUAGCUGCUCAGGGAAGCUCCUGAAAAGCAUAGCUUGGGACAAAGGUUCCAUCAAAGGCCUAGGAUGGUCAGAAGACGAGAAGCUCCUGGUCGUCAGCUACGACGGCACCGUCCGUUGCUAUUAUGAUCUUCAAGGAGACUUUACCCAAUUCUCCCUCGGACGGGAGGCAGAAGACUUUGGCGUGCAGGCUUGCAGAUUCUAUGACCAUGGAAUGGUUGCAUUGCUAUCCAAUAAUGCUCUGAUAUCUGUUUCCUCGUACGACGAGCCCAGACCCAAGCAGCUUGCUACACCACCAGAGGGAGACGUCCAGGCCUGGACAAUUGUCUCCCCGAGCUUCACCCUGUCACGGUCCGUCGAAGUGCUCCUAAGCAUUGGCAAGACAAUCUACGUCGUGGAUGCCACUGACUGCGAAGACCGUUUUCUUGAUAUCGGGCCGUUCACCGAAAUUGCCGUCUCUCCGAAUGGCAAGUUUGCCGCACUCUACGCCGCGGAUGGGAAGACCCAUGUCAUCACGUCGGAUUUCCAAAGUCGCUUGAGCGAGUAUGACUCCAAGUCAAAGAUUCCUCCCAAAUACCUAGAAUGGUGCGGCAACGAUGCUGUGAUCAUUGCCUGGGAUGAUGAGGUCAAUGUUGUCGGGCCUGAGAGUGCUGUGGCGCAAUAUUUCUACGAUGGCAAAGUACACAUGUUAGCUGACCAUGAUGGCGUCAGACUCAUCACGAAUGAUGUCUGUGAUUUUAUACAGAGGGUGCCGGACGUCACAGAUGAGGUAUUCCGCUUCGGCACCGAAUCUCCUGCAUCAAUUCUGCUUGACGCGGUCGAGCAGCUUGAAAUACAGUCGCCAAAGGCCGAUGACAAUAUUCAGCUCAUCCGGCCGAGUCUCGUUGACGCGGUCGAUUCUUGCGUAGCUGCAGCUGGCCAUGAGUUCAAUGUCCAUUGGCAGAAGCAGCUACUGAAGGCUGCUUCGUUUGGCAAAUCUGUCCUCGAUAUUUAUAACAGCGAUGACUUUGUUGACAUGUGCGAGACACUGCGUGUUCUCAACGCGGUGCGCUUCUACGAGAUUGGCUUGCCCCUUUCAUACGAGCAGUAUCAACGAUUGACGCCAGAAGGAUUAAUUCAAAGACUAAUCAACCGCCACGAGUAUCUACUAGCACUGCGCGUCGCCGGCUACCUACGACUGCCCACUGAUCGCAUCUAUGUCCAUUGGGCAUCGACCAAAGUACGGGUCGGUGCUGAAGAUGACGAUGCCAUAUGCCGUCUGGUGGUGGAGAAGCUCGCUGGAAAGCCAGGUAUUUCAUUUGAGGCCAUUGCCCGUGCAGCAUAUGACGAGGGCCGUGGCCGUCUUGCGACCGAGCUGUUGAACCAUGAACCGAGGGCCGGUCGCCAAGUACCCCUUUUGCUCAGCAUGGAGGAAGACGAAAUAGCGCUUGAUAAGGCUAUCGAGAGCGGAGACUCAGAUCUAAUAUUCUUUGUGCUGCUGCAGCUCAAGAAGAAGCUCCCUUUGGCCUCCUUCUUCCGCGUCAUCAAUGCUCGUCCCGCAGCCACCGCGCUGGUGGAGUCCUCCGCAGCAUUGGAGGGUGACAACACUCUCCUGAAAGACAUGUAUUACCAGGAUGAUAGACGGGUAGAUGGCGCCGGGGUCUUCAUUCGCGAGUCGUUGCACCAACCCGAUGCCCGUACGGCGGGCGAUAAACUGGCGCUUGCGGCCAAAUUACUGUCAGAUUCACGAGAUAACACAUUCGAGCUGCAAGCGCUGAAAGAGGCUGCGACACUGCUUAGGAUGCAGGAGGCCUUCGACCGAGACUUCUCGGACAGCUUCACGGGCCUAAGCGUCAACGAGACGCUGUUCAAGCUGAUCCGCUUAGGAUACCACAACAAGGCCAAGAAGAUCCAGAGUGAAUUCAAGAUUCCCGAGAAGGUGGUCUGGUGGAUCAGGCUCCGUGCCCUUGUUGCCAAGCGGGACUGGAACGAGAUCGAAGAGAUUUCAAAGACACGUAAAAGUCCAAUUGGAUGGGAGCCGUUCUUCAACCAGACCCUCCAGGCAGGCAACCCCCGCCUCGCCGCUGUCUUCAUCCCGAAGUGCACCAACCUCGAGCAGGGCGCCGCCAUCACCAUGUACGAGAAGUGUGGCAUGCGCGUCAAGGCUGCCGAGGAGGCGGUCAAGGUCCGCGAUGCCGAGGCGUGGAUGAACCUGCUCGAGAGUGCUGGCCGGGGCACCACCGAGGGGAGAGAAAUCGAGAGACUGGGCGCUGCGGUGUUCAAGAAGUGA